AGCUGCCAAAGCGGCCAGGAUGGUUACGAUGAUUGCGAGAAUGAUGAUGAUGAUCAAGGGAAAGACCCCAAACUAAAGGUUAUCUCCCCUCGAUGUCCAGACGAAAUGGCUUCUGCUCGGAUUUCUUGCGGUUCGGAUAGGACUGCCAGCGUCAUUGAUGAAGAUGGCCCUUCACUAGUAGCUGCAUGGGCAAAUCAGUUGGAUGAAGAUCAGGGCGCUAAUUUACCCGAAACAAAUAGGCUUUUAUUUUCUGAAUCUCAAAAGGCAUCAUCGAGUGGUAACGGCCAAUAUACCAUGGUCGGUUCGGCCACAACUUUUUCCACAGCGCUAGAGCCUCAUACUUCUUGUGGCCAGACACAAGACAAUUGCCCACCUUUCGUAAACAAGACAGCCGAGGCUCCUGAUUUAACACAGAAGAGCCCUUGUCGGAUUGUACUUCCCAAAGCUGGAGAGUUGGCUUAUACUAAGCAAUUCAACCACGAUACCAACAAGGGCGGCUCUUUGCCGUUGAUAAAGCAAGCCGAACAUGUGAAUAAGGGCGCACUACGGAAGUUUAUUCCUUUUAGCCUAUCUUCCCUUUGCAGACGUACAUCGCACCACAACGAUAAGAUCGAGAAAACAGGCAAACUUAGUGUAAACAGAUUCGCGAAACGUCUGGGAUUGUACCACGUCCACGGUCCGACUUUGGAAAUUAUCAUUCAAGCAAUGGACUCCGGACUAUUUGCGUCCCUCUAA